ACGGAGGCGGGCCCUCGCGUCCACCGUCUGCGCGCUGAUUGGCGCCGCUGUGACAGUGGGAAGUGUCCGUACGCCGGUGUCUCCCUGGUUGCGCAAGACGCCAUUUUGGAGUGACAGUGAAAGAUAACGGGACGAUCGAGAAGCUGUCGUUUUAAAGCUUCGUCACCAUGGGGAAUAUGUUUGCAAACCUAUUCAAGGGCCUGUUUGGCAAAAAAGAGAUGAGGAUUCUCAUGGUCGGACUCGAUGCCGCAGGAAAGACCACCAUCCUUUAUAAGCUGAAGCUCGGAGAGAUAGUCACCACCAUUCCCACCAUUGGUUUUAACGUGGAAACUGUAGAAUACAAGAACAUCAGCUUCACAGUGUGGGACGUGGGCGGUCAGGACAAAAUCCGGCCGCUGUGGCGCCACUACUUCCAGAACACUCAAGGGCUCAUCUUCGUGGUGGACAGCAACGACAGGGAGCGGGUGAACGAGGCGAGGGAGGAGCUCUCCAGAAUGCUCUCCGAGGACGAGCUCCGAGACGCCGUGCUGCUCGUGUUCGCCAACAAACAGGAUCUCCCCAACGCGAUGAACGCCGCAGAGAUCACAGACAAGCUGGGUCUACACGCCCUGCGUCAGCGCAGCUGGUACAUCCAGGCCACCUGCGCCACCAGCGGCGACGGCCUGUACGAGGGCCUGGACUGGCUCUCCAACCAGCUCAAGAGCCAGAAAUGAUCCAUUCCACCAGUUUUUGUUUUUGAAAUUAUUAUUUUUAUUUUUAUUUUUUUUUCUUGUUUGUCGUUUAAUUUUUUCUGUUUCAACACAGCGGCAGCACCGGACCCAGGCCCCUCCGCUCCCGUCGAACCCCCCAACCUCCACCUCAGCUCUUUACUUCCUUCAUUCCCUCCCUCCCCCCCUCUCUCUUCGUCAGUGGGACUCUAGCCUGUGCUGCUUGUGUGUGUGUGUGUGUGUGUGUGUGUGUGUGUGUGUGUGUGUGUGUGUGUGUGUGUGUGUGUGUGUGUGUGUGUGUGUGUGUGUGUGUGUGUGUGUGUGUGUGUGUGUGUGUGUGUGUGUGUGUGUGUGUGUGUGUGUGUUCAGCGAGUGUGUGUGUGGGUGUGAAGGCGUCUCUGUAUGUUGGCUGGGAUUGGGAGUGACCCCGGCGUGCCUUUUACACACCUGUGAAAUCAGCAGUCUGGUUCUCAAGCCCCUCGCGCCGCCAUCCACCGAAACUCCGCCUCUGCCCCGCUCGCGCCCCCCCCCCCCCACUCUCAGUCUGCACGGCCCCCUCCCCACCCACACCCCCACCUCCCCUCUCACCCCGACUCUCCAGAGGAAGCAUGGUUUUCAAAUGGCGAAGACAGAGCCCCUCCCACGCCCCGCCCCCUCCUCCCUGCAGUAUCUCUGUUGAUAGAAGUGACGUCGUCCCGCGUUAGAAUGAUCGAUGCUACGUGUUCAUUUUAAAAAACCUCUUUUUUUGAUUUAGAAACCUCAACCCACCAGUAAGAGAUUCAGUUCGUUGCAUCUUAACCUGUAUCAGGUCGAAGCAAAUCAAAAAACAGAAGAAAAGAAGAAAAAAAAAAGAAGAAGAAAGGAAACAAAAUAAACCCCUCUCCCUCCCUCUAUCGUUCUCGUCCUCUGAAAAUCAUGCUGUUUUGUUUUACUAUUAUUAUUAUUGUAUUGGAAUAUAACAGAUUAUUCUUAGCAAUGGUUCUGCAAUGAACACUACCUUCCUCCCCCCUCCCCCCUCACUUAACGAGACCGUGAAGCACAAGGCAAGCCAACAAUCUUUAAAAAAAAAUUGAAUCUACUAAAUUAGAACCUGCGUGUUUAUGCAAUUCUUGUCUUUUCAUUCCCCCCCGAUUCUGUUGGUAGGCGGAUUAGGAAUCCCUGGAUUAAAAAUUGGAGUAACGACUCAACCCGACAGUGUCGUAGGUCGUCUGACUCCCGACGACAUUCACAAGCUUCACGCGUUCGAUUCCUUUAAAGAGACGUUACAUGUGUUGUUGUUUUUUUCUCUCUCUGUAACUAGUUUUAGCGUUUCUAUUUGUACAAUGACUGCUGAACCAAAUGCAUUUGAGCAGUACGACAAAUCCUGUACGUGGAGAGUAGUGAGUUUUCCCCUCGAGGGGCCUGAACGAGGUGUUGUCACCUCGCCAACGGUUUGGAAGCUGACAGCGUCCGGCUCGUCUGACGUUUCGCGGUUGGGGACGAAGGAUCGGCACCAAAACAUGAAAAUAUGAAGGUUCCCUCUCUCUCUUUAACUGUGACCGGUCCCAGACGUGAAGGAAAAUGAAAAUAAAAACCUAGAUCCCACGACCUGGCGUCCUCGGCGGAGAGCGGGAUGGACCGGCGGUGGAGCCCGCCGGAGGGGGAACGGGUGUGUGGUCAGCCGGUGGUGCGACGCGGCGGUGGCGCUCCUCAGCGUGGAGACGUGGGGGUUAAAACUGGCACUUCUGUCAUGAAUGAUUGUAAAUCUGUACGUUCCCCUGUAAACUGUUUCUGUGGGGAUUUUCCUGAACACAUUAAUAAACAUGAUUUGAUCCAACAGA